AUGCUAGAACCAAUUGAUGAUGAUGUUAUAAAGCAUAUUUUGAGACUUCGAGGCAAACUUGGUUGGGAAACAAAGUUACCAUCAUGUGACUAUUUAGCUGGAGAGGCUGAUGUGACCAGGCAUGAGAAGUUUGCAUUUAUGAAACCUUUACUGCUAAAAGAUAGUGGAGAAUAUAUAUACUGUCUUCGAAGAGACAGGAACAACUUGAAAGCUGCCUAUAACCCAUAUGAUUUGCAGGCUGUCUCUGUGAAUACAGCUAGACAAAGCAAAGAAUAUUGGACUGUUACAGCAUCAUUUGUGUCUAAGUUUUCUGCAGAGCAUAAAUUGGGAGAAAUAGAAAUGAUACCUGUAUCACAGUGGUUGCGUGAAAGACAACUGUAUUAUAAAUUACUCAAUUUUAAUGUAUUCACCAAUUUCAGGACGAAGAAAUAUUUUUUUGUCUGGAAAAUCAAUGCUAAAAGAAGCAAGGCAAAUAAGAGCGAGUCAAUCUGAAUGUAAAACGGUCCUGUUCAUUGGAUGAGUUUUGUGAAGAAGGUCUACGAAAUAAGCAAGCACAUAUUCAAAUAGAAGCUUUCCAAGA